CCACUGCUCUGUGAUGCGGAAGCAUCUGUCCUGUCUCCUGGCGACCGUCACAGCUCACUCUUCACCCGCUGGACUCCUGGCCUACGCUCAGAAGGGAAGAAAACGCGUUUCCGCGAGAGGGCGGGACGCGAAGAUUAGACGAAACUUCCCAACCUGCCUGCCUGCUUGGAAGAGCCCUCCCCGUGCCCUCCGGGCCUCCCACUCCGAGGCUCUGCUCAGCCCAGCAGGCGGCGGGCUCCCCGGCGCCCCCCUGCAGACGCUCUCCGAUGAGGAGCUGAUGAUCCAGAGCGCAGUUAAAAAAUUUGCCCGGGAACAAGUUGCUCCUUUGGUCUCGACCAUGGAUGAAAAUGCAAAAAUGGAGAAGUCAGUCAUACAAGGACUGUUUCAGCAAGGGUUCAUGGCCGUGGACAUCGACGCCAAGUACGGAGGGACCGGGGCUUCCUUCUUCUCCCUCGUCCUGGUGGUGGAGGAGCUGGCCAAGGUGGACGCGUCCGUGGCGCUGAUCUGCGACAUCCAGAACACGGUGGUUAACGGGCUGGUGCGGAAGCACGGGACGGAGGAGCAGAAGGCGGCCUACCUGAGCCAGCUGGCCACGGCCAAGGUGGGGAGCUUCUGCCUGUCGGAGGCCGGGGCCGGCAGCGACUCGUUCGCCCUGAAGACCAGAGCCGAGAAGAAGGGGGGCCACUACGUCCUCAACGGGUCCAAGAUGUGGAUCAGCAGCGCCCGGGAGGCGGAGCUCUUCCUGGUGAUGGCGAACGCGGACCCGGGCGCGGGGUACCGAGGCAUCACCUGCUUCGUGGUCGACCGGGACACGGAGGGCUUCCACGUGGGGAAACCCGAGAACAAGCUGGGCAUCAGGGCCUCGUCCACCUGCCCGCUCACCCUCGAGGACGUCAAGGUUCCAGAAGCCAAUGUCCUGGGGCAGGUCGGCCACGGCUACAAGUACGCCAUAGGGAGCCUCAACGAAGGGAGAAUAGGAAUCGCUGCUCAGGGACCAUUUCUAAGCUGGGACCGUUCAGCCGAUGCGGAGCGUGGUCAGCAAGGAGGAACUGCAGCGGGGCUGGCCCCACGGCCUGGGCGGUCCUCAGGGUGUGAGCGGGCGGUCUUCCCACCUGCUCCAUGCUGGGAUUGGCUCAAGGAUGUUUUGACUACACUGUUCCGUAUAUUAAAGAAAGGAUGCAGUUUGGCAAAAGAUUAUUUGACUUUCAGACCGCAAGCUCGAGCAACUAGAUGAGAAUGAAAAUUUUCUUAAUUCAAGCAAUGAAAAUGCAUAUUCAAAAUUUUGCUCUUUUGGAAUUUUGUUUAACCUCCACUUGAACAUAAAAAAGGUUAAAAAUAAUUAUUAAAUAUAAUUCAAAUUUUUAAAGUUAA